CACGCACCUUAAUUCAGAGGUAUCAUCAAAUCGGGGAAUGUAAAAGAUAUAGUGUGAGCGAAAAACACUUGUAUCUUUUCGUCCCAUCGAAGUGCAACGGUGAAUCCAUUUCCAUGAAAUCGUGAACGCACAUCGAAUCUCUCUUGCCGUUAUGUUUGACGACGUCGUUCCUUGCUUAUCCAUUCAGUAACACUCUUCCAUUUCUUGCAUCGUCCCUACUGGACGAAGAAUCUUCCAUGAGCGCGUCCAAUAAAUGGAGAGCAAUGCCACCGCACCACCACCAGCAGCCUCUCUGCACGCGCACGCACCAGAUCGGAGCCCUCCUCCUCGUCACCACCACCUUCUUCUUCACGCGCCUCCUCUCUCCCUGCACCCUCUCCACCAGCGUCGUCCAUGUGUCACACCCGCAGUUACAGUGGGGGCAGUCGCAGCUCUCGCUCAAGAUCUACGUCUACGAACCUGAAGAAAUCAACGGCUUGAAUAACCUCUUGCACGGACGAGACGGUAAGGUCACGGAAGAAGCUUGCCUAAAAGGCCAGUGGGGCACUCAGGUGAAAAUACACAAGUUUCUUCUGCAAUCGAAGCAACGGACGCGGAAGAAGGAGGAAGCGGAUCUGUUCUUUGUCCCAUCGUAUGUUAAAUGUGCACGAAUGAUGGGUGGCCUUAACGACAAAGAAAUUAACUACACCUAUGUCCAAGUCAUAAGUCAAAUGCCGUAUUUUCGAUUAUCAGGGGGCCGCAACCAUAUUUUUGUUUUCCCCAGUGGAGCUGGUGCUCACUUGUUCAAGUCAUGGGCAACGUAUAUAAAUCGCUCUAUUAUUCUUACACCGGAGGGAGAUCGGACUGAUAAGAGAGAUACGAGUGCCUUUAAUACAUGGAAAGAUAUAAUCAUUCCAGGUAAUGUUGAUGAUGGUAUGACAAAAACUGGGGCUACCGUGGUCAAGCCUUUGCCUCUGCCUAAAAGGAAGUAUUUAGCUAAUUAUUUAGGACGUGCACAAGGAAAAGCUGGUAGGGUUAAGCUUAUAGAGCUUGCAAAGCAGUUUCCAGAGAAGUUGGAAUGUCCAGAUUUAAAAUUCAGUGGACCUGACAAGCUGGCAAGGAAGGAAUAUUUUGAACACCUACGCAAUUCUAAGUUUUGCCUCGCCCCACGUGGAGAGUCAUCUUGGACCCUUCGGUUUUAUGAGUCCUUUUUUGUGGAAUGUGUUCCAGUUAUAUUAUCAGAUCAAACAGAAUUGCCAUUCCAGAAUGUCAUUGAUUACAGUCAGAUAUCAAUAAAAUGGCCGUCUAGUCGAAUAGGUCCUGAACUAUUGCAGUACCUGGAAUCUAUACCAGAUGAAGAAAUAGAAAGAAUAAUAGCUCGUGGUCGAGAAGUUAGGUGCUGGUGGGUGUAUGCUUCGGAUUCAGAACCUUGUUCGGCAAUGCGUGGAAUUAUGUGGGAAUUGCAGAGGAAAGUGAGGCAAUUUCACCACUCAGCUGAAACAUUUUGGUUGCACAAUGGAUCAAUUGUAAACAGAAACUUGGUUCAAUUUUCCAAAUGGGAACUCCCUGUGCCUUUGCCUUGACAGCCUGAGAGAUAGAUGAUGCCCUGUACAAUUUUUUUUCUUAUACGUGUUAUUUGAAGCUCAUGUUAGGUGCUCCUGAUUGUCAUCAUCUGCUCGAACAAGAGUUCAGAGCGGGACUAUCUACUUUAUCUUGAAAAUUGGCAUUUUAUCCUUGAUGAGGUGCCGAAUCUGCUUAACCGUAACUCAUCUCGUUGGUCAGAACAGGGAAUAGUAGUUUAUUUUAUAACUAAGUCACAAAAACUCCUAAUUUUA